GUCAGCCCUAGGAUCCGGGUGGACUUCUUAAGUAUAACCAAACACCUAGCGACGUUUCUCUUUAAACCUUCCCCUUCUUCUCCUUAAACCUUUACUUUGCCAGUGUAGACUGCAGAGAACUGAAAAACCCUAGUUUCGCAGGUCUUCGAUCAUCGGAAAUGACCGCAGAAGCAGUGAAUCCGAAAGCGUAUCCGCUGGCCGAUGCCCAGCUCUCAAUAACCAUACUGGACCUUAUUCAACAGGCUGCGAACUACAAACAGCUUAAAAAGGGUGCUAAUGAAGCUACCAAGACCCUGAAUAGGGGCAUAUCAGAGUUCAUAGUAAUGGCAGCUGACACCGAGCCGCUUGAAAUUCUUCUCCACCUUCCUUUACUAGCUGAAGAUAAGAAUGUGCCGUACGUAUUUGUACCUUCUAAGCAAGCCCUUGGCAGAGCAUGUGGAGUCACAAGACCUGUAAUUGCUUGUUCUGUGACAAGCAACGAGGGAAGCCAGUUGAAAUCACAAAUACAGCAAUUGAAGGAUGCGAUUGAGAAACUCCUAAUCUGAAUAGUGAAUGAUACCUUUUAGGCAUGAAGCAUGAUGGGCCUCUCAGAUCCUGUAACUCAUUCUGUGAAGGCUUUGACUGAGGAAUAUGUUACUUGUGGUGUUUACAUCUCCCCCACCCCCCCUCCCCAGCAUUUUCUAUCCUUUACAAAGAAUGUAAGCGUAUUACAAUUAGCAUUUAUAGAAACUCAUAUUUGUGGCUUAUUUAAACUUAUUAGCAGGUGUCGGUGCAUGCUACGGAUGAUAGAGGAAAUAUAUAUUGAGAAUGAGACUUGUACUCAACUCAGCUUGUACUUGUGGCAGUUUUCAGUAUUAACUGUGAGCUUUUUAGUGUUUCA